UUUUUUGGAGCAAGAAGGCUUAACAAAAGAUUAAUCGAUAGCAUAAGAGAGAGAAAGAGCGUGAAACGGGAGACUAACUCGGUGCUCCGAGUCAUUUUUCUUUUGCUCAAUGUUUAACAAUAGCAAGAACUAUUCAGGGAAUGGAAUUCAGAAUAAUGAAAUAGAUUCGGGAGGAAAUCAUUACAAUAACGAAGGUAUCAAUACAGGAGAUGAUGUGGUGAUGAUUACAGAGGAAGAAUGGUCGAUUGAUAAAGAGGUGAACGAUUCAAUUUCUGAAAAAGUAAAGGGUCAAUUUAGACCUAAUUUCUCAAGGUCUUAUAAAGAUGCUGUGAAUCCAAAGGAAACAGAUUGGAAUGAAUUUUUUUAAAUUUGGAGACUCAAAGAUAUUGAAGAAGACUUGGUCGAUCAGGGAAAUGAAGAGAGUAUGACAUAAGCGGAAAGUAAUGAUGUAAAUGAUGAAAUUCGUUUGUGAAGAUUGACGGACAGACAAAAAUAAGAUUAAUUCAACCUUGGAAGAAUUGUUUGAUAGGUAAAGUGGUGGGUAAGACUGUUGGCUACAAGUAUAUUUCAAUUAUAGCUCGUGAACUAUGGAACCCAUCCGGUAAGAUUGAAAUUUUAGAUUUAGGGUCAGAUUUUUUCUUGUUUAUAUUUGAUUUACCUGAAGAUUUCAAGCAUGCUUUGUUAUAAGGUCCUUGGUUUGUGAAUGAUCACCAUCUUGCCAUGAUGAGAUGGUCUGCAAAUUUCAGGCCAUCAGAGUCAUCGAUUAAUAGGACGGUAGUUUGGGUAAGGUUACCAGAGUUGCCUUUGGAGUACUAUGAUGAGCAUGUACUUUCUGAUGUUGCUAGUAAGUUAGGAAAACUUGUUAAAAUAGAUAAACAACAGAACUUGUUUUGAGGGGCAGAUUUGCAAGGUUAUGUAUUGAAAUAGAUACUAAUGUUACUCUGAAAACAAAGAUUAGAUUUGGUGCUAUUACACAGAAAUUAGAAUAUAAGGGUAUCAAUUUAAUUUGUUUUCAAUGUGGGAAAAUUACCCAUAAAAAAGAUAAUUGUCCUAGUUUACAAUCUAUUAAUGUCUCUAAUGUCAGUCCCCAGGUUGUGGUUGAUGGUGCAGGGAAGCAGGAGGCUACGACAAACUUUGGUCCUUAGAUGCUUGUCGCAAACAAAAAAAGCAAGAAUGCCAAGAAUGGAGGAAGAGUUUAUGCGCACCAGCAGGUUAAAAGUGCCAAUAGUCAGAGUAAGCAUAACAAAGAGACAAAGGAAGGUCAGUGGCAAGUUGUCAAUAGACAAAAGAAUAAGGGUCAUGCAGCUCAUGGUCCAGGCAAUGACAAUCUGGUGACACAGUCCAAGCAAAUAUCAAAGGGCUCUACAGUUCAGAUAGACAGUGGUGAAAAAGUCACAGUGGUCAAGAACACAAAGGGUCAGGAUAUUAUGGGUGGCAAGAAUGCUAUGAGGAAUGACAGUUUCAGAUUAUUAAGGAGAAAUAAUGUUAAUACCUUUUCCGUAAUUGAAACUGAUGACUUGAUAGGAAUUCAAACGAUAUAAAUGGUAUGGAUUCUGUAACUCCCAUGAUAGAGUAUAAUGGAGCUGGUUUAAAGGAAAAUGGAAAUAAUGGGGUUUCAAUAAAUACCAAGGAUGGUGCUUAUAAAGGCAAGCGCAGAAAUCAGUUGAAGCACACAAAUAUUGAGCAUCAUGAAAAGUCAAAGAAUACCUCUGAAUCUCUUUUCUCAAUCCUCACAAAUGUUGUUAGUGGAGGAGUGGAUGGUGGAAGAUUUGUCUGUGAAAAGAGCUCAGGAGGAGCUGGUGGCUAUGCAAAACGGUUUGGUAGAAAUGAUAAUGGAUCAGGAAACAAGGUUGGAUCAGAUGCUCCAGUUAAUGGAGGAAGUCAAUCAACUCCUAAGGCAGCUAAUAACAAGUCUUCCUCAGCUGGUGAAUGCUCCAGAACUAGUGAAUGUGUAUGGAUCUUUGGCGCGCAUCCAGACAACUUUGAACCCAAUCAGAAUUUCUCCAUCCAAUUGUCCUCACGAAGACCCAAUGGAGCUUCUAAGGGAAGAGAGAGUCGGGAUAGAAUGUGUGUCAAAGAUGUGGAAGAGGAAACAAUAUUAGAAGCAAUCAUUCCUCCAAUGGUGGAGACCCCAACAAUCAUAAAAAGCUCAAAAAGACUGUUGAGGUUCGAGACGAAAUUCACUACAAGGUUGGAUUUGGAGCAAGGGGUCCAGAGGAUUUUCAAGAUAAGACUCUGCCCAAUGGUGGAGAUGAAUCAAGAGAUGAGGAGCAUGGAGGAGCUGGUUCGGGCCAAUGAGUGUGCUGCUGAUAAUAACCACUUUUCUUUGUUCUCUGAUUUUAGUAUGAAGAUAUUAACUUGGAAUUGCAGAGGUCUGGCAAGACCCUCUUUUAGAAGGGUCAUGAAGCAACUUAUUAAAAAGCAUAAACCGAGUGUUGUUGCUUUAUUGGAGACUAGAACUAUAACGGAGCAUGCUACAUAAUUGAUGAAGAAGCUAGGGUUUAACAAAUCAAUUACUGUUGAGCCGUGUGGUUUUUCGGGAGGUAUGUGCCUUUUGUGGAAUGAAGAAGAAGUGGAGAUACAAGCUACAUCUCAGUCGAUGUGGUCGGUGCAUGCUGUGGUGACUGCAAAACUUCAGAAUCCAUGGAUUCUCUCUUCUAUAUGCAAGUACCAAUAAGGUAAAUCGGAAGAGAGUUUGGGAAGAAAUGAAUGGUAUAGAUGACAUUUACAAUGCUGACUGGAUGGUAAUGGGGGACUUGAAUACAAUUGCAAGUGCUCAAGAGAAGCAUGGAGGUAGAAUUCCGUAGGCGAACAAGGUUGAGGAGUUGAAGAAUGUGAUGAAUCAAUGUGGUUUGAUUGAUUUGGGCGCCCAUGGCCCAAAAUGGACUUGGAACAAUAAGCGAGUGGGAAUGGCUAACAUUAAAGAAAGGCUUGAUAGAUUCCUCGCAAACACUCAAUGGUGCAGCCGUUUCCCUAAUGCUCAGGAUGGAGGAAAUUUUUUGGAAGCAGAAAUCUAGAGUUAGUUGGUUACUUGAAGGGUAUCUCAAUACAAAGUUUUUUCAUUCUUCUACUCUAGUUACAAGAAGUAGGAACAUGCUAGUUAGGCUUAAGGACAAUAAUGGUAGAUGGUUAUAAGACUUGAAUGAAAUCGAGAAUCAUAUUGUAGAUCAUUUUUCAAGUUUAUUUUCCAGUACUAUGAAUGAAUGUGACGUGGUUUCCAUUGAAAGGCUCUUCCAUCUGUUAUUACUAUGAAUGAUAACUCUAGGUUGAUAAGGCAUGUGACCAUAAAAGAAAUCAAAUUGGCAAUAAAACAACUUGGGUCUCAUAAAGCCCCUGCAACCUGAUGGAUUACAAGGGUUCUUUUUUUUGAAGUACUAGGAGCAUGUUGGUAAUAAUGUCGUUUAAUUGGUUUCUGAUUUUUUUCGAACUGGUCAGCUGGACCCUAGGCUUAAUAAGACAUACAUUGCCCUGAUACCUAAGACCUCUUGUCCCACCAUGAUUAAGGACUAUAGACCAAUCACUCUCUGCAAUUUCUCUAUGAAAAUUAUUACCAAGAUUAUAGCUAACAGGUUAAGACCUUUGUUAGAUAAGAUCGUUUCUCAUAAUCAACAUGCUUUUGUGGCUAGUAGGUCGAUAUUUGAUUCUACAGUGAUAUGCAACGAGAUUAUUCAAUCUUUCAAGCAUAAAAAAGGGGAAAAGGGUUGGAUGGCUCUCAAAUUAGACUUUGAUAAAGCAUAUGAUAGGGUCAAUUGGUUUUUUCUUGUUAAACUAUUGAAUAAAUGUUUGGGAUUUGAUAAUAUUUUUGUUCAUUGGAUUAUGAAGUGUAUUGAGACGGUGUCUUUUCAGGUAUUGAUAAACGGAUCUCCUAGCAAGAGUUUCACCCCCUCAAAUGGAUUAAGACAAGGGGAUCCAUUGUCCCUUUUCUGUUCAUAAUCUGUUUAGAGGCAAUGUCUAGAAUGAUUAAAGAAGGCCUUGAGAAAAAGGAUAUCACUGGAAUUUCGGUUGCUAAGGGAGCUCCAGUGAUUUCUCAUUCCUUAUAUGCUGAUGAUAGCACUUUUUUUCUCAGGUCUUCUUAUAAGAAUGCAUGCAACUUAAGGGCUAUUCUUGAUAAGUUUUGCAGAUGGUCGGGGCAAAAAAUCAAUGAUGUCAAAUCCACGCUCUUAACUUCGGCUAAUUUGGGUAAAAGUUUCUCAAGAAGGAUAGCUGUUGCUCUCAAAUUUCAAGUAACAAAAGAUCCAGGUGGCAGAAGAUAUUAAGGCGGUGCCAAUUAAUGGUAGUGAAGGGACAAAAGACCAACUCAUUUGGUCUGAAGGUAAAAGCGGAGGUGUCACUGUUAAAGAGGCAUACAACCAUUUUAUUUCUAAAAGUUUGGGCAACAUUCCACCCAACUUGGACUGGAAAUACUUGUGGAAACUGAAAUGUCCACAAAAAAUAAAAUCUUUCUUGUGGCUUUUCUGUCAUAACAGAUUAAGCCUAAAUGAAUCCUUAUAUAGGAAAAAAAUUGCUAAUCACCCAGGUUGCAUGCUUUGUAAUAGGGAUUUUGAAACUCUGUAUCAUUUGUUUUUAAUUGCAGCGUUGUUGUUCCAUUUGUUUUUAA